GGAAUCCAUGACCCCCUACCGGAACGUUAAGUGGCUUCUCUGCUUUCCUGCCGUAAGGUACUAGAGGGACGACUUCCGUUUCCGGUUGGCUCCUGCUCGGGGAUUGACUAUUGAAUGUCCUAAGAGGUCGGAUUGCUGUCAGACAUGGCCCAUGAACAUGGACAUGAACAUGGUCACAGUAAAAUGGAACUUCCAGAUUAUAAACAAUGGAAGAUUGAAGGGACACCAUUAGAAACUGUCCAGAAAAAGCUGGCUGCACGAGGGCUAAGGGAUCCAUGGGGCCGCAAUGAAGCUUGGAGAUACAUGGGUGGCUUUUCAAACAAUGUUUCCUUUGUUGGUGCACUAUUAAAAGGAUUCAAAUGGGGAUUUGCUGCAUUUGUGGUAGCUGUAGGGGCUGAAUAUUACCUGGAGUCCCAGAAUAAAGAUAAGAAGCACCACUGAAGAUAAUUCCUGGAACUAUCUGAGUUAGUGGCUUCCCAACUCUCAUAAAAAUAAGAUUUCUUCACUGUAGCCUGCUUACUUGCGUGUUUGUCUUUUAAAGAAUACUAGUGAGAUUUAAUAAAGUAAAAAUACAUA